UCUUUUCAUUAUCCAUACAAAUUUAUAAAGCAACAUUCAAUCUUCUUUGUCCAAUUCCAAAUGGCUGUCUUUAGAAAAAUGUUUCCUUUAAUUAUGGUAAUUAUGGCAUUAUUAGCUAUUAACUCAGAUAAAGCUUGUGCGGGAGAUCCAGAUAUGCUUCAGGAUGUUUGUGUUGCUGAUCUCACCUCAACCUUGAAAUUGAAUGGAUUUACAUGCAAGAAUAUGUUCUCCGCGGCUGAUUUCUCGUCGAUGGUUAUUUCAAAGCCAGGAGCCACAAACAACAUGUUUGGUUCCCUUGUCACUGGAGCUAACGUUAUGGCUAUCCCUGGGCUUAACACCCUAGGUGUGUCCAUGGCUCGAAUCGACUAUGCUCCUGGUGGCAUUAACCCACCCCACCUCCACCCACGAGCCACGGAGAUGAUUUACGUUUUACAAGGUGAAUUAGAUGUUGGUUUUAUUACUACAACUAAUGUAUUGGUCGCUAAGCACAUUGUACAAGGAGAAGUGUUUGUUUUUCCUAGAGGACUUGUUCAUUUCCAAAAGAAUAACGGUCACAUGCCAGCAGCUGUUAUUGCUGGGUUCAAUAGUCAGUUAGCUGGUACACAGUCGAUUGCAACAACGUUGUUUGCAGCAACACCAGCACCAGGUAUUCCUAAUGAUAUCUUGGCUCAAACAUUCCAAAUUGGUACUAUGCAAGUUCAGCAGAUUAAGGCUAAAUUUGCACCCAGGAAUUAAGUAAAAGUUUCAUUUCUCAACAACUUUGUUUAAUUCAUGUUGUUUUGUUAAUUAGUGGGACGUGAUGUUUUGAUUUUUAUUUGUAAUGUCAAUAAAAGAGAAUUCUCCUUAGCUUUCUCAUCAUGUAAGAAUAAUGUAUUUGUUACUACUAUAUAUGUUUGCGAAAUUGGAUUUUGAGUGCUUGUGUUUCGAUUA